AUGUCUUACAUUAAGAGCGUCUUCGCCAUCGGUCUUUUGGCCACCGCCGACCUCGUUGCCGGCCACGCUGCCAUCGUUGGCGCCACUGGUGAUGCCGGAGGUCAGGGUAUGGCCAUUGGCAUCGACUCCAGCACCCCCCGUGACGGAACACGCCGCAACCCGUUCCAGCAGGACAGCACCCGCUUCAAGGGCGAAGCUGCCGAUACCUUCGGCGAGACUGUCGGCGGGGGUACCAACAGCCUUGAGACUGGCACCAAGGCCAUCAUGGCCGAGACUGGCCAGAUGCUGCCUCAGAUCUCUGCCGGCGGCUCCGUCGACAUGACGCUGCACCAGGUCAACGGCGACGGUGGUGGCCCGUACGACUGCAUGAUCAACGCCGAUGCCACUGGCGCGCAGUGGACCAACAUCAACGUCAUUACGACCCCCCCGGGCCAGAACUCUCGCAACCGCGACGGUGCCAUGACCGACUUCCCUCUCAAGGCUGCCAUCCCGGCCGAUCAGACUUGCACUGGUACCGUUGCUGGCCAGUCCAACGUCUGCUUGGUUCGCUGCCAGAACGCCGCCCGUGCCGGCCCCUUCGGUGGUAUUGUUCCGGUCCAGAUGGCUGGUUCUACCACCCCGGCCGCUGCUCGCCGCAACCUCAUGCUCGCCAUGAAGAGAAGCGAGGACCUUCUCGACAAGAUGGUCAAGCGUGCCCAGUCUGCCGCUGCUGCCCCCGAGGACGAUCCCGCGUACCUGGCCGAGCUCCGCGCUGACGGCGAGGAGAUCUAA